UACUGGUACCGGUAUAGGGACCCAGCAGUGCGGGGAAGAAAAAAGUUCAAGAGUCCAGAAGUAGAAUGGGCCCAAUGAGUUUGCCAUGGAGCGGCCAUUCUUCUUCUUCUUCGGUUCAGGCUUCAGCAGCCAAUCUGUCCUGUAUGGUACCGGUAGUGUUGCUCCUAUCAUAGCUGUUCUUUGCACUGACUAUAGAAUAACGGGGUAUCGAGGGCCAUUGGCAAUUGACUAGUCAGGAUCUUCCGCCAUUUCCAAUAUACCGGUAGAUCAUGACGGAGUCUACUGCUACAGAACAAGCUGCCAUACUCCAGGGAGAUCAACAUAAUCGCGGCCCAACGAGUAUCGAUGGCGUCUUGACAGAUGCAUCAUCGUAUUGGCCCGCAAUCGUGAUGAGAGGAUCAAUUCUCUUUGCGCUCGGUUUGGUGUUUGUAAUUUUCCCCGAGACGACGGUCAAUGUCAUUAGCAUUCUCUUUGGAGUGAUGGUCCUUUUGGAAGCCGCGUCAUCGGGGGUACAACUGUACGCCAUUUCCCGGUACAGUGCCCCCAAUCCUAUGCGUGGCGCCAUUAUGAUGUUUUACUUUAUUACCAUGAUGGUCAAUAUCAUUCUGGGAGUGUUGGCACUCGCCUUUCCCGAUGAAACGGCUCAAAUUCUACUCAUCCUGGUGGCCGUUUGGUUUGUGGUGGUGGGAGUGUUGCAACUCUUCAUGGUGUGCCUCUUACGGGCAAGUCGAGACCUGGCACAGAGUGGUGCUGCUCAAUGCAGUAUGCUGUUAGCGGGUGCACUGUACUUGACAUUUGGAACCAUGUUGCUCUCCGAUUUGGACAAGGGCGUCUUGACGUUUGUUCGAUUGAUUGGCUUUGUCGUUAUGAUGUUUGCCAUGCAAGUGAUUUGUUUUGGGCUUUUCGUCAGAGCUCUGGGAGAGGCAGCUGCCGAUGCAGAAAAAGAACAGGCCCAGACAGGAACGCAUGGAGACUCAUCAGCAGUCAAGAAUACCGAGGAGAGUAACAUUGUCGAGAGCAACAUUGUUUAGCUAUGAUACAUACAAAGAGAAUACAAUCUGCAUUCAAAUGUACAGUAAGGAGAAUUAGACUUUUCACGCUGAACAAUGGAAUAAUGGAACCACAUCAGGAACUUGGAUGCUGGCUUGACAGUACGGUAGUCUUUUGCCCCUCUGGACAACUCAACACAUCUUGCUGUCCAGAAAGUGUGUAGCUACGGUAGUCUGUUGGGGACAAAAAGACGAAGGAUGGGGACAACUAGAGACGAAGAAUGGAACCAAAGCUUACAUGUACAAGCGUUUUCUUUCCAAGUUGUUGGGUAUGAGCAACCGAAUAGUCGAGAGUCCUGAUGGGGAUUCAGCUCUGGCCCCAUUGUUGCCGGUAGGAGCCUGGAAUAGAAUUGCUGUAGUGGUGGUCGAGAGGCAACUUGCUUAGUUUUCACGUAUUAAAGCAGCUCUGCUAGCUUCCACUUCAUCACAAGACAUCAUACAUGUACAUGUACGACUGUACAUGUAACAAUACUUCGCCAG